AUGCAGCUGACCUUCUGCAGACUUCGCACUCACCAAUGGUGUUUCAUUCUCUUCAACAUUGUGCUGUUCCACAUCUUGCUCUUCGGAGCAGACCUUGUGGAAGAGUACUUCUUGCAAGCUCUGCCCACUACUUACUAUGAUGUGAAGGUAAUGGAAGCCAGGGAGAAGGCUCAGAAGUUGGAUAUGGCCACCAUGAAGGCCAACGUCUCCAAGGCUUUCGUCGUCAGCAAUUCAGAGGCCUGCUCUGGCAAUGAGAUCUUCUUGCUCACGCUUGUCAUCAGCCGUCCAGAAAACUCAUCAAGACGCAACGCAAUUAGAGGAACAUGGGCUAAUCUGACCCAUGUCAAAGGUUACGGCACUCUUGUCUUGUUUCUGCUAGGGAAACCUUCUGAAGAAUCCACUCAAUGGGAGAUCCUGAAGGAGAUGGAGAAGCAUCAAGACCUCAUUCAAGGUAUCUUUCCUGAGCCUCCAGAGAACCAGACCCUGAAGACCUUGGUGGCCAUGGAGUGGACCAUAACCUUCUGCUCUCAGGCCAGGUUCAUUCUCAAAAUAGACGAGGAGAUGUUCAUCAACCUCCCAACUCUGGUUGAGUACUUAUUGAACUUAAGAGCCCGCCCCGAAGACAUUUAUCUGGGGAGGCUGGUCCAUCAAGACAUGCCCAACAGAAAUGUUCAAAGUCGAGGUUUUGUUCCCCUACAAAUAUAUCCAGAAAAAUACUUCCCUGACUACUGCAGCGCAACAGCAUUUGUCAUCUCUCGGGAUGUGGCUCGGAAGAUCUAUGUGACGUCCAGAGACGUUCCGCUUUCCCUGCCUCCUGGGGUUUUUGUGGGGAUGUGUGCUAAGAAGGCUGGCGUGACACCUGUCCACAGCUCACGGUUCUCUGGGAAAAGGCAUAUCCGGUAUAACCGGUGCUGCUACAAGUUCAUUUUCACUUCAUCUGUAGUGAGAGAGAACCAGCUGCUCCAAGAAUGGGAGGAGAUCAGCAAUGGCAAAGACUGCACACUGCUGGAGACUUAUUAUGGACUUAUUUCUUGCAGAGUCAUGACAUACCUGGAUGGAUUUAAACACCUGAGUGUUGAUGCCCUUCAAAAAGAAGCCCUCGGGUUUUCUGAUUAA